GCCACCCCCAUCCUCCACAUUUUAAACUCCGACGCCGCCGCAAACCCUUCCUCCAUCCAUCCAUCCACACGCCGCAGCGCAAGCCCUCCCCCAAAUCUCUCCUCCCUCCGAAUCUCUGCGUCUCCAUCCAUCAGCAAGCAAGCGAUCCCGUCCCACCCAUGGCCCUCCGCGCGCUGGACAACACGCUGCCGGCCGCCGUGGCGGACCAGCGGCCCAAGAAGGCCGCCAAGCUGCUCCCCACGGCGCCCGCCGUCACCCGCUCCCCCACCGGCAGCGGCGGCAACGGCAAGAAGCAGCGCAACGACGAGAACUCUGCGCCGCAGACCAAGCCCGCGUCGCCCGUGGCGGCCGCGGCUGAGCCGGCCGUGGAGUACGUCCGGUCCGAGGACCUGCAGCCCGUGCCCGCGCCCAAGGCCCGCGCCGCCGGCCUCGUGGCGGGGCUCGACUCCAAGGACUGGGUCAAGGUCUGCGAGGCCCUCAACGACGCCCGCCGCCUCGCCAUCCACCACCCGGCCCUCCUCGCCCCCAUCCUGGAGAAGGUGGUGCUGGGGGUCGUGAAGACGAUGAAGAACCCGCGCAGCGCGGUGCUCAAGACCUCCGUGAUGGCCUGCACGGACGUCUUCGCGGCCUUCGGCAACCUCAUCUCCUCGGCCUCGGCCGACGCGUUCGACAAGCUGCUGCUGCAGCUGCUGCUCAAGGCGUCGCAGGACAAGCGGUUCGUGUGCGAGGAGGCCGAGAAGGCGAUGCGCGCCAUGGCCACAUCCAUGCCGCCCCUGCCCCUGUUGAAGAAGCUCAGGGCCUACGUCCACCACGCCAACCUCAGGGUCCGGGCCAAGGCCGCCGUUGCCAUGGCGCACUGCGCCGCCAGGAUGGACGUGGAGACGAUGAAGGAGUUCGGGCUGCCGGCGCUGCUGCAGGUGGCCGCGGAGCUGCUGAACGACCGGCUGCCGGAGGCGCGCGAGGCCGCCCGCAGCAUCGUCGGCUCCACGCACGCCGCCUUCUUCUUCAAGGAGGCUGCCGAAAAAGAGCAGGAGAAGAAGGAGAAUGAGCUAAAGGAGCAGGAGAAGGGGAAGAAGGAGCAAAAGGAGCAGGAGGAGGGGAAGAAGGAGAAGGAGGAAGAGGAGGAGAAGGAGAAGGAGAAGAAGGCAGAGCCGUCGGGCGUGGCGGCGGCGUGGGAGAGCCUGUGCGCGCUGAGCCUGUCGCCCAUCUCGGCGCAGGCCGUGGCCAAGAUCGAGUGGCUAUUUCCCGGAACAAAAAAAUGCGUCGCUCAGGAAAUUCAGCAGCUUUUCACUGCCUCGCCGGAAAAAACUCUGACCCAGGAGGGAUGGUCCAAGACCUGUAGGUACAUCGAAAACGACGACGAGGAGGCGUCCUAUCUUUCAGCUAGUUUCGGUCCAAACGUGUCGCUUUCCAGUGAGCGAGUGGUGAUCCACGCGAGAGUGACCAGCUGGUGCUUGCUUGCUUCCGGGAAUCGGAAUCCUCAUCUUCUUCCUCCCCAUAUCUCCUGUCGCCCUCCGCGUUCACGCAGCAGCAGCAGCAAAGGCGGCGUCGCACGUUCCUUCCUGCGUCGAGUCCUUGUUCCUUUCUUCUUGAUGGACGGGGGCCAGAGCGUCGCCAAGCGGCACGGCGCGGCCGCCGGCGCCGAGGAGGACCCUGACCGGCACCGUGCUCCUCCUCCGGUCCAUGAGGCGGCGGAUGAUCAGGACGACGGCGACAAGAAGGCGCCUCGACAAGGGAGCAGGCGGGUCGCUUCCCUCGACGUCUUCCGUGGCCUCACCGUCGCUCUGAUGAUACUGGUGGACGGCGCCGGCGGCGAGUGGCCGGUCAUCGGGCACGCGCCGUGGCACGGCUGCAACCUCGCAGACUUCGUCAUGCCCUGCUUCCUCUUCAUCGUCGGCAUGGCCAUCCCACUCUCCCUCAAGAGAAUUCCAGAUCGCGGCUGGGCCGUCAGGAGGGUGGUCAUAAGAACACUGAAGCUGCUCUUCUGGGGGAUCUUGCUGCAAGGUGGCUACUCCCACGCUCCAGAUGAACUGACUUAUGGAGUUGACAUGAAGCACAUACGAUGGUGCGGCAUUCUCCAGAGGAUUGCCCUUGCAUACUUGGUUGUCGCAGUCAUAGAGAUCGCGACGAAAGAUGCGAGGGUUCAGGAUCAGUCAAGUUCAGGCUUCUUCUCAAUUUUCAGGAUGUACUUGUCCCAGUGGAUUGUUGCAUGUUGCAUCCUUUUGAUCUAUUUGUCCCUUGUCUACGGGAUUUACGUUCCGGACUGGGAGUUCAGGGUGCGAAAUGUGGACAGCCUGAACUAUGGCAAAGUUUUAACAGUGACCUGUGGCACAAGGGGAAAUCUGAGCCCUCCUUGCAAUGCUGUAGGUUACAUCGACCGUAAAGUCCUCGGCAUCAAUCACCUGUACCAGAAACCUGCAUGGAGAAGGCACAGGGACUGUACUGAUGAUUCCCCUUAUGAGGGGCCUUUCAAAAGGGACGCCCCGGCCUGGUGUGCCUCGCCAUUUGAACCUGAAGGGUUACUAAGCUCAUUUUCAGCGGUAUUAAGUACGAUCAUCGGCGUACACUACGGGCACGUGCUUGUUCAUAUGAAGAGUCAUAUGGACAGGCUAAAGCAGUGGGUCACCAUGGGCGUAGCUCUCCUCCUCCUCGGAAUCAUUCUGCACUUCUCUCAUGCGAUUCCUCUGAACAAGCAGCUGUACACACUCAGCUACAUCUGCGUGACCGCCGGCGCCGCUGGCAUCGUCUUCUCCAUGCUUUACUUCCUUGUGGAUGUCGUGAGCCUGCGCUAUGUCUUCGAGCCGCUGCGGUGGGUCGGCAUGAACGCGAUGCUGGUGUACGUGAUGGCGGCGGCGGGCAUCUUCGAGGGCUUCCUCAACGGCUGGUACUACGACGGGCCCAAGAACACACUGGUUUACUGGGUGAGGAAGCACGUGUUCGUCAGGGUGUGGCACUCGGAGAGGGUGGGCAUCCUCCUCUACGUCCUCGUCGCGCAGAUCCUGCUCUGGGCGCUCCUUGCCGGCCUCCUCCACCGGGCCGGGGUCUACUGGAAGCUCUAGUCAGCCAGGAGGACAUCGGUGUCAUCAUUUGCUUGUGUGUGUUGGAACUUAGAAUUGUGUAGGAUGUGUGUAAGAUGACAAGAAACUAGAAGAAAAGAUUGAAGGCUCACUGACUGCCCAUCAUGUGGCGAGUAGAGCACACCUACCAGAGGGAGUGGGAGAUCAAAGUCAUUGACUGCCCAUUAUCUUGCUAUAACAAGUACGUACAUUUCAUGGAAAAUGAUAAGUUGUCGGUUAAAUCAUUUGCUGAAAGGGCGCAAAAGGAUUCCAACAUGACCCCAAGCAGAAGCGGGACUAAGCUUCAGAAAGCUAGAAGGCCUGCACCUGGUGAGAUGUAUGGUGAAGAGGUGAACUAGUGUAGCCUAUGGGACUAUGGAGAAAAUUAAUCUGGAAUGUCACAUUUGUUAA